AUGAACGAGCCUCGCGGCUGUUGCCCUGGAUCGUACGGGCCGGCUAGGCCGGAAAGCAGCGAGGUUGACUUGUCAAAGGAUCUUACUCAUUGGAACAGUCUAAAACCAGAAGAAAAAUACUUUAUUUCGCAUAUCCUAGCUUUUUUUGCUGCCAGUGAUGGAAUUGUCAAUGAAAACUUGGUAGAACGUUUUAGCCAAGAAGUGCAGAUCCCAGAAGCUCGCUGUUUCUAUGGCUUCCAAAUAUCAAUAGAAAAUGUUCAUUCUGAGAUGUACAGUUUGUUAAUAGACACUUACAUCAAAGACCCCGAGAAAAGGGACUUUUUAUUUAAUGCUAUUGAAACAAUGCCAUGUGUCAGGAAGAAAGCAGAUUGGGCGAUGAGGUGGAUAACAGACAGAGAAGCCACUUUUGGUGAAAGAGUGGUUGCGUUUGCUGCUGUCGAAGGCAUCUUCUUUUCUGGUGCUUUUGCAGCCAUAUUUUGGCUCAAGAAGAGAGGGUUAAUGCCAGGCCUUACUUUCUCCAACGAACUUAUUAGCAGAGAUGAAGGGCUCCACUGUGACUUUGCUUGCCUGAUUUUUCAGCAUUUAGUGAAUAAACCUUUGGAGGGAAGGGUGAAAGAGAUCAUUGUCAAUGCGGUUGAAAUUGAAAAGGAGUUUUUGACAGAGGCCUUACCUGUGGGAUUGAUUGGCAUGAAUUGUACUCUGAUGAAACAGUAUAUUGAAUUUGUGGCUGAUAGGCUGCUGCUGGAACUGGGUUUCCCUAAGGUCUUUGAAGCAGAAAACCCUUUUGACUUCAUGGAGAACAUUUCCCUGGAAGGAAAAACCAAUUUCUUUGAGAGGAGGGUUUCAGAAUAUCAACAUUUUGCAGUUAUGUCCCAAGCAAAUAAUAAGGUAUUUACUUUAGAUGCUGAUUUUUGAUGCUGCCUACUUGGAAGAUCGACAAAGCCAAACUACACAUUCACCCUCAAUGACGACAAGAAACUUCUUAUAAUCCAAGUAGGGGAUUCUUAGAAUAUUUUAUUAACUAUUAAAUAGUUGACAGAAAAGUUUCUACAAAUAGGUUACAAGUCAUGUGCAUAUAUACACUCUUAACAACAAGUAACAACAAGUAACAUCAUGCAGCUUUUCUAAAACUAUAUUGUGAUAUUUAGGUCAAAGUUCAACUGCUGAUCCUUUUAAUAACAUCCAAUCCCAUCAUUAGAGUGGAAAGCUUUUAUGAAGAUGAGAAUGAUCACACUAUAAAACAUUCCUUCCUACCUCAGUUCUUGAACUGAACUGAGAUGAAAGACAUACUCCUUUGUCUUAAAGGAAUGUUCCAGGAUAAAGUCUUGGAUAGGAGACCAUCAGAGAAAGUUAAGAUUGCUUACUAGAUUCGAAAAACAUUUUAGGCAAUGGAGAACCACCUCUGCGUUGUUUCAAGGACGACAAUAUGGACCUGGCCACAUAAUUGGCAGGUGUCGAAACUGACUCGGUGGAGUCUUUGUUUUUAUGUACUUGGGAAAAUGAAGAAGACGACACAAGCACUUUAUAAUCUUUUAUCAUUCAUUUUGGUUAGUCAAAUUAGCACAAUGUCUGAAGUAAUGUGUUUGGGAAGGAUUUUUCAUUUGGCCUCAAAACUUAAUUUUGGCUGUAAACUUGAUUGCAGCAACCCACAUAACAUAGAACUUGAUCACCUUACAUAAAGGUUUGGUUUAUUCAGCAUGAUGAACCAAGAUAGCUUGUCCUUGUUAUGCAAACGUAGCUAUUUUCUCAACAAAUCAGUGCUUAAUGUAAUGUGUGAACAGUAACUGUGUUUAUGUGACAUACUGAUCCAAAAAAUAUUCAGGGCUUAUUGCCUGAACCCAGAAUUUAUUAUUAGUUUUUGUUAUGCAAAUUUAGAAAAUUGGGGUAAUUUAAUAAUCUUUGCAUAAUGAUAUCAUAUGAAUUUAGCUGUGAUGUAUGUUGUGGGAUAUGAUUUAAGCUACCUUAUUUAGAAUGUGAACAAUGAAGAACAGAUAAGUUGGCUAUAAAAGUAUUUUAAAAAGAGAAAAACAAUAUAGAGGUAAUUGACAAAACCAAAGCUUCCUUUGUGAAAUGUCACAGCUAAUGUUUAUUAAAUUAAUGUUUGGAAAACCAGUUUUGUCAAGCUUUCUCUAUGAGCAUCCAGUAAAGAGGGCUGAGUAAGGCAGAGGCAGAGAUAAUUUAACAAUGUUCAUGAUAUCAUUGUUUUUUCUUCUGGAAGGUUGCACUAGUAACUUCCAGAUAUCUUGGACUUCAACCCCCAUAAUCUUUGGGUUAUGAAACAGUUUUAUUCAUAACUAGUCCAGUCCAAAUAGAAGCACAAUUUAAGGAUGAAAUAUAUCACAGGGAUGAAAUAAAUCACCCCCUUAUAUUGUCAGGAUUGAUCAGGGUUUGACACAUUGUGCUAAGCCAUUGUAAGGUUUGUGAUGUGUAAUCAGAUUGUGGGUUACAGAUUAGAAGUCUAGUGUCUUAUUUGAGCCCACCAUAGCUUUGAAGCUGGAAUACUUGCAAAAAUUGCUUUUUCAGGAACUGUAAUAUGAAAAAAAAAUAAUAGAAAGUCUGGCUGAUGAACUCAGCAAGUUUUACAUUAGAGUAAAUAUGUCUAUAAUUGUAUUAUCAGGGUAAAUCCUGAAAGAUUUGAAGUUUAUAAAGCUUUCUCUGUUUUGGUGCGUGCAAAUUUGGUCUUGGAUUCAGCCUUAGUUAAGGAAACAGACCUUCUGAUCCACUUCAGGGAAGUAAAUGAGAUAUUUUGUUAGAUGUAUUUUAAAGCUUUUUCAAAUAUUCCUGUUUCAUGUAUAAGACUCUGAUUUAGUCAUUUUAUUAAUGACAUAAAACUUGCAUUAAGUCUUGUAACCUCUUUUUAUUAAGUUUAUUUUUUUCCACUAGUAAAAUGUCAUUAAAGGCAUGACAUUAGAAUGGACAAUGUAAAGAAUGCUUCUUAAUUUGUCACUCAUACGUCUUGGAAAAAAAAUACAAAAUGAUUUAAAUAAAAAUUGUGAGAACAAA